CAGCGCCGCAUGCGCUGCAUUACGGUGUGUGUGCGCGCGCGUGCUCUCGGUACCAAAGCGUUUCGCCGUUACACCGAAUGAUAUCAGUUUUAGCUUCCAGGACGCCGCUGAGGAAAAAGUGAAUGAGUGAAUAAAGGAAAGGGGACACGGCCCGAGUCCCGGCUUUUUGGAAAUGCAGCCCGCUGAGCGCCGCGGUGACGCGGAUGGAAAAGCGCGCGAUCCCGGGCCCGGAUCCUGUACAGAACACGGACCCAAGCGCAAAUCCCGCAGCAGAAGGAACAGGAGGAGGAGGAGGGGGAAGAGACGGAGGUGCAAAAAGGCCAACGAGCCGCCGCCGUUUCUGCCCCCGGAGGCCGAGGAGGGAAAUAUUGAGUACAAGCUGAAGCUGGUGAACCCGACGCAAUACCGCUUCGAGCACUUGGCCACGCAGCUAAAGUGGCGGCUGCAAGAGGGCCGCGGGGAGGCCGUCUACCAGAUAGGUGUCGAGGACAAUGGCCUGCUGGUGGGACUCACCGAUAACGACAUGAAGGCUUCCAUAAACACCCUGCGCAGGAUGGCUGAAAGAGUCGGCGCUGAUAUCACGCUCUUGAGAGAACGGGAAGUGGAUUAUGAGUCGGAAAAACCCCGUAGAAUCGCUGAGGUCCUUGUGAGGAAAGUUCCCGAUAACCAGCAGUUUCUGGACCUGCGUGUGGCCGUGCUGGGAAACGUUGACUCUGGGAAGUCCACUCUCCUGGGUGUCCUGACGCAGGGCGAGCUAGAUAACGGACGAGGCCGAGCUCGUCUCAACCUGUUUCGGCACCUGCACGAAAUCCAGACAGGACGCACCUCCAGCAUCAGUUUCGAGAUCCUCGGUUUUAAUAGCAAAGGAGAGGUGGUGAAUUACAGCGAGUCUCGCACAGCAGAGGAGAUCUGCGAGAGCUCGUCUAAAAUGAUUACCUUCAUAGACCUGGCUGGCCAUCACAAGUACCUAAAGACCACCAUCUUUGGCCUGACCAGCUACUGCCCCGAUUUUGCCAUGCUGGUGGUGGGUGCAAACACAGGAAUCGCGGGCACCACGCGGGAGCACCUUGGUCUGGCUCUGGCGCUGAAGGUGCCAGUGUUCGUGGUGGUCAGUAAGGUGGACGUGUGUGUGGGCGGCGCUGUCCAGAAGACCGUGCGCCAGUUAGAAAGACUGCUCAAGCUGCCUGGCUGCAACAAGGUUCCCAUGCUGAUCUCCAAUCGCGACGACGCCGUCACCGCCGCCCAGCGCUUCGCCCAGUCCUCCAGCAUCACGCCGAUCUUCACGCUGUCAAGUGUUUCAGGGGAGAAUCUGGAUCUGCUGAAGGUUUUCUUCAACAUUCUGCCGCCCCUCAGCAACAGCAAAGAGCAGGAGGAGCUCAUGCAGCAGCUUACUGAGUUCCAGGUCGAUGAGAUCUACAGUGUGCCUGAUGUAGGGACAGUUGUGGGAGGAACACUAUACAGUGGUGUGUGUCGUGAAGGAGACCGCUUGGUGGUGGGGCCUACAGAUGAGGGGAAGUUCCUGUGCUUAAAGGUGUGCAGCAUGCAAAGGAACCGCUCGGCCUGCAGGGUUCUCCGAGCCGGACAGGCGGCCACGCUGGCACUCGGCAACUUCGACCGCUCGCUGCUACGCAAGGGCAUGGUUAUGGUGAGUCCGAAGAUGAACCCUACGAUCUGCUGGCAGUUUGAGGCGGCCAUCGUGCUGCUGUUUCACGCCAAGACGUUCCGCAGUGGCUUCCAGGUCACGGUCCAUGUAGGAAAUGUUCGGCAGACGGCCACGGUGGAGUGUUUACUCGGCAAGGAAGAGCUGCGCACCGGCGAGGGGGCUGUCGUGUGUUUCCGCUUCCUGAAACACCCCGAGUACCUGCGCGUCGGCGCCAAGCUGCUGUUCCGAGAGGGCGUGACCAAGGGGAUCGGUCAUGUGACCCAUCUGGUGCCGUCUGGACAGAACAGCGCACACGACCAGAACCACAAACCACACCAGAUCCACAACUAGAGAGAUAGAGGGAGAGAGAGAAAGAUAGAGCAUGCAUAAUAAUGAUGUGUCGAUGGAAACAUUUACAUUAAACCUAUUUAUCAGAUGGUUUGGGGCGGGUUUCCAGUUCAGGUGACACGAAUUUAAACUUUAGCUACAAAUACUCUUAAACCAACAAAACCUUUUAGCGAAUUCACACCCUGGCACGCUCACUGCUGAUUGGCUAACAAGCUGUGAUUAUGCAGAAAUCUUUGAAUGAAAACGUAUGCCCUGGGUACUAUGUAAUAACGUUUAACUGUAACAAUGACAACAGGCUUUUUUUUGUUGUUGUUGUUUUUGUUUGCCGUUUCACAGCCAAACAAAAUUGUAGGAACUAUUUAUAAGCUACAGGGAUAUUAACCUAUGAGACCGCUGCUGCCAUAGCAACGAUGUUAUAUAGAAAGAUAGCUAUGUAUUAUAAGGAGGCGAAACAUAUACCGAAUGUGUGAUUUAGUGUAGAGUAUAGACGUUUUAGGGUGUGUGGUUUGGGCACAUCCACAGUGGCCUAAUUCUCCUGUACGGCCUUAACCAUGUGGUUUUUGUGUCACGUCCACUAUGACCUAAUUAUGGUGUGUGCUUUGGAACACGUCCCUGGUCCUAAUGUCCUUAAUUCUUCUCUCUAGUGUUUACUUGCCCCAUACAGUGAAGUAGAUUUGGGCACAACCAUGGUCUUCAUAACAACACUUUACAUUACAGUUUAUAUGGCGAAGUAUUUCCAUGUGAUUUGGGACACGACCACAGCUCGCCUGAUUCUGUGUUUAUUUGCCUUAUAUAGUGAAUAAGAGUGUGCGGUUCGGGACAGUAAUGAUCCGGAUUGUGUGACUUUAGAACGACUGGAAUGUAAUGGCUUUUGUGAUCUGGUUUAGGACACGUCCAUGCUAGAAUCACAAUGAGAUAUUUCUGACAGUUUCAUCAGACCUACGACGUGCGGUUUGGGACAAAUCUGCUGUGGACCAGAAACAGAGUAUAACGGCAUUUAUGCGGCUCGUGCAGAGACCGAGUAAUGAGUAAACACAAUGCGCAGGCCACUACCCCCAGGGCCCCAGACGGUGCUUUAGUGUGAUGUUGAAUGAGAAACACAACCUUUAUGCACAAACCGUGUCAUUAGAUACAGUUGUACAGGUGUAGUGAAGCUGGAGGAUGGAGUUGAGUUCACGAAGGAAAAGUGGACGAGGACGGCAGCAGAACAGUGCACGAGUCACCUGUAGUUUGCGAAGGUAAAAUAUUCCAGAUAAUUUCUAUAAACUGCAUUUGGGAAAUAUUCCAAAAUUAAUUGUUAGUAUAAUUUUGUUGUCAUUUACGUGAAAACUCGCCUACAUGGACAUCUUUUCGACAUUAUUUUGUGUGCAGGAUUCAAGAAACGAUACGUGUUAUGUGAUGGAUGGAUGCACGGUGCAUGUAGGGGGCGUGGCCUCAGUAACCCAGCAGCAAGUGUGUGCUGUGUGCAGGUGAUUGACGAAUUCGAAAGUAGAAUCUCAACUAAAACUGCAUUAAAUUUGGAGGUUUUAACUGAAAUUAUCCUGCAAGAUUUGUUUAUCUCAACUACAUUUCAGUCAUUUUGUCAAUUCCCAGUUUAUUGGCAUUUAAUUCCUAUGGAAAGUUUCCAGUCUUGAAAAUUCCCGCGAUUUUGCAAACCUACUUGUAGGAAAAUGUGAAGGGAAAAGUGAAAAGAAAAAACAUUGAGAUUGGAUUUUGCUUUUUGGAUAUAUAUUUUUGAAAAUGGCGCUAGAAGCGACAUCUUGAAGGGGUUUUAAUUUUGCGUAAUUUUCAAUGCCAGAUUGUAAAACUGUAACUCUGUGAUUGAUUGAUUGUUUGAGUUAUUUUUUGUUAGACAUGAUGCGCUUUAUAUGAGGGCUAUCAGUUGCUUUUUGAACAGAAUUAUCUCCCAUUUUUGUUUUAUUCUCCCAACUUCUGGAGUAACAUGUCUGUCUGUUAUUUCAGUAAAGUAUUGUUUAUAUAUACAUAAUUGAAUAUUCAAAUGAUAUAAAGUGGCUGUGAAAAGUGCGGUCUUUAAUGGUUUUUGAAAGACACAUGCAUGUUCGAUUUAACAUACUAUUUCAUUUAAAGUGUGGAAGAUUUACUUUUACCCAACAAAGAUAUAAAUAACACACGUAUAUUUGAAAAAUCCUCCUUUUGCACGAAUUACAGCGUUACACACUCUGGACACUUACAGCAUCCGGACACUUCGUCUCUCCAAACAGAUGAAAUUCCAGCUAAAAUGUUUUGCUGUUCCACGCAAUUCCACGCUAGUUAACACUCCAGAUGACCUUUUGCUCUCUAAUAACGCUUACAGAGCUUGGACGUAUUUGUCGCUUGGAGACAGAAUUGCAUUGUGUUGAAGUAUGAAAAGGUUGCCAUGUUGGUUCAGGAUUCCUUUCACUUUCAAGUCUCCAACCUUCCCUGCUUCAAAACAACCCCAAACUCUCAAGCGUCCACCUCCUUGUUUGACUGUGGGGGGUUAUGUGUGUUUCUUCUGCCUUUUACUGAGUUUUUUUCAUAGAAACAAAUGGAAAAUGCAUGUGUUUCAAAACAAAACAGAAAACACUUUGUGCUUUUCACAGGCACUGUAUAAUUAUUGAAAGCAAAAUAAUGUUUCUCUCUUCAGGAAGUCGGUAUCAAAACCGGUUUGAUCGAGUUUCAGCAGAGCGGAACAUUUCGCGGACAUUUUCCCGUGCAUGCCGUUGCGUUUUUGUGUUGUGCUGCUUCAUGACGUUUGGCGCAAUUUAUCAGCAAAAAUUGUACUUUGUAGCCGCCUCGCUUUUGCACCCGGUGUUUAUGAUGCGUGUUUUUGUGACGUGUACCAUUUUUAUUUAUUUAUUUAUUUAUUUAUUUAUCCACUUGUUCACAUUUCGUCUCCUGGGGCCUACGGCACAGAGAUUCCACAUUUCACAGGAAAUCUGCGUCUUUGUGACGUGCCCUGUAUUUCAAAACACAACUAGGUUUAAAGUAAUAAAGAGAUGUUUUACUGUGAA